UGCACGGGGUCUGUUCCUGCCUAUCUGUGUGUCCUGGCGUCCCCCACGCCAAUAUGAGGUGGCACAGUGUGCCCGGGACUGCUCUAUGUGCAAUGGCCAGGCUCUCCCGCCUUCGCCCGCUCCCGAGGAGCCCGGGGGCCCUGGGGUCCCCGGCGAGCCUCGCUCACGCCUCGCUCUCCCGCAGGUCUUCGCAGACCCCCGCCAUGCCCUCGUCCUGGAUCCAUGCUCUUUGCCUCGGUGGGUACGCGCCCUCGCCGCCGCGCCCGCGCGGGCGGAGGCAGCAGCCACCUAGCUGUCCUUUCUCCGCAGGUGCGUGGCUGCUGCUGCUACUGCUGCCGCGGCUCGCGCGCGCCGAGGGAGCCGUUCCCAUUGCCAUCACCUGCUUCACCAGAGGCCUGGAUAUCCGGAAAGAGAAAGCAGAUGUUCUCUGCCCAGGAGGCUGUUCUCUCGAGGAAUUUUCUGUGUUUGGGAACAUAGUAUAUGCUUCGGUGUCCAGCAUAUGUGGGGCUGCUGUCCAUAGGGGAGUGAUUGACAGCUCCGGGGGACCUGUGCGUGUCUAUAGCCUUCCUGGUCGAGAGAACUAUUCUUCUGUGGACGCCAAUGGCGUCCAGUCCCAGACGCUUUCCAGAUGGCCUUCUUCCUUCGCGGUGACCAAAGGAAAAAGCAGUUCCCAGGAAGCCACAGGACGGGCAGUGUCCACCGCCCAUCCGCCUGCAGGUAAACGGCUCAAGAAAACGCCAGAGAAGAAGACUGGCAAUAAAGACUGUAAGGCAGACAUCGCAUUUCUGAUCGAUGGGAGCUUUAAUAUAGGCCAGCGCCGAUUCAAUUUGCAGAAGAAUUUCGUUGGGAAAGUGGCGUUGAUGCUGGGAAUUGGGACCGAAGGACCACACGUGGGCCUCGUGCAAGCCAGUGAACAUCCCAAAAUAGAAUUUUACCUGAAAAACUUUACUUCAGCCAAAGAUGUCUUGUUUGCCAUAAAAGAAGUAGGUUUCCGAGGGGGUAAUUCCAACACAGGAAAAGCCUUGAAGCACACUGCUCAGAAAUUCUUUACAGCAGACGCAGGGGUGAGAAAAGGGAUACCAAAAGUGGUGGUGGUGUUUAUUGAUGGCUGGCCUUCUGAUGACAUUGAGGAAGCAGGCAUUGUGGCCAGAGAGUUUGGUGUCAACGUAUUUAUAGUUUCUGUGGCCAAGCCCAUCCCUGAAGAACUGGGGAUGGUUCAGGAUGUUGCAUUUGUUGACAAGGCUGUGUGUCGGAACAACGGCUUCUUCUCUUAUCACAUGCCCAACUGGUUUGGCACCACAAAAUACGUGAAGCCUCUGGUGCAGAAGCUCUGCACUCACGAGCAGAUGAUGUGCAGCAAGACCUGUUACAACUCGGUGAAUGUCGCCUUCCUAAUUGACGGUUCCAGCAGUGUAGGGGAUAGCAAUUUCCGUCUCAUGCUGCAAUUCGUUUCUAACAUAGCCAAGACAUUUGAAAUCUCAGACAUUGGAGCCAAGAUAGCUGCUGUCCAGUUCACUUAUGAUCAGCGCACAGAAUUCAGUUUCACUGACUAUAACACCAAAGAGAAUGUUCUAGCUGUCCUAGGAAACAUACGUUAUAUGAGUGGUGGAACAGCUACUGGUGAUGCCAUUUCCUUUACUGUCAGAAAUGUAUUUGGUCCCAUAAGGGACAGCCCCAACAAAAACUUCCUGGUGAUUGUCACAGAUGGGCAGUCCUACGAUGAUGUCCGAGGCCCCGCUGCAGCAGCGCAUGACGCAGGUAUCACCAUCUUCUCUGUUGGUGUGGCUUGGGCACCUCUGGAUGACCUGAGAGAUAUGGCCUCUAAACCCAAGGAGUCACACGCUUUCUUUACCAGAGAGUUCACAGGAUUAGAGCCAAUUGUCUCCGACGUCAUUAGAGGCAUUUGUAGAGAUUUCUUAGAAUCCCAGCAAUAACUGUGAUACUCUGACAACUCAAAGAAUAAAUACAUGAGGAUCUAAUAUGCAAACUGUACUCUCAAUACCUAAGUAACUUUAUAGCUUACCAGGAUCAGUAAAUAUGUCAACAGCAGUUUAAAGCAAAUGAGCUUUCAUUUGAAGCUGCAAAUUUAGAUUGGCUGAGGAUAAUCAGGGUCCUUAGAAACUCAGGAAAGAGAUGUCAUGGGUUUAAAUUGAAGAUUGCAAACAUGCAUACUCAAAGUGGCUAUGUAUGUAUGCUCCAGUUAGACACAGCACUGGUCCUUUCCUAAUAACUCUGUACUGACUGUGCAAGGAGAGAACAACUUUUAAACAUAGAUCAAGUGUAAUUUUGACCCAUGUGGAUGCUUUCUUAAAACCAGUCAACAGACAGCUGUUAUUUUAUGUACUAGUCUUCAUACACAUUAUAUGGAACAUGUAUCAAGCUUCUUUUGUAGUGUUUUCAUAACUAAUGGCUGAAAAUACCACACUGAGUAAAGAUAGGAUUGCCUGGUAUUUUUCUAUUUAUAUCCUUAAUUUUAUGUGUAUAGACAGGCAUGUACUCCAAGAACUGAGAAAAUGUUUAACCACGGAAAGUUUUUGAAAAAUGUUUCAAGUAUUGUACCAGGAAAAAUACUUGGCAUAAUAGCUUGGAUGUCAACAAUAAAACUGGAAGUGACUAAG